AUGGUCGUGGCGUCAAUGACAAAAUCUCCUGAGACGCGAGUUUCAAGACUUGCGCGACAGUCGUCCGAUGCAAGCCACACGUCGACCGUUGCGAUUAACAAUCUUCCACGACAUGCAUUUCACAGGAGCAGCCAUUACGGACGCAGCGGACUGACAGAACCGGAUUUCACGUCGACAGCGGUCGGCAAGUACAGUGAAUGCAUGUUCCACAGUCCUCAACCGGCAGAAUUACAUUCUGCAGGUACCGGUGGGGGAUAUCUAGAUAAGCUAGAUGAGGGUAAUUCGGCGACCCAGUCAUCUUUGUCUUUGCCUAAAAGAACUAUAGGUACUCGUCCGCUGUUCUCCCGAUCGUAUUCCAAUGUGCCCAGCUCGUCUACACCUAUGACACCUUACCAGAGGCAUCGUCGCAGUCCGUCGUCCGCCGCCCAUGUCACGUCAAUGGACGACGGGAAACGGCUCGUAUAUCAGUUUCUCAACGCGGACAAUGAAAUGAAGAUGCAGGGAAGCUCGCAAUGGUCAGAACGUUCCAAAUCAAGCCAGUUUUCAGUUUAUCGCGACUCCAAACGCGACAGUCUCUCGCACCUUGUGUUCUGCGACCUCCAGCGCACGUUGUCGUCUGGUCCCUAUGAAAAGGGCAUUGAAUCUCUCAACUGCGACGCUGAGGUUCUCUCGGAGCACUACGAGGACUACAUCACGCGGGCUUCAGGCAAACUCGAAAAUUCUAUCAAAGAAGCACUUAUUGGAGGUCUCUCCGGGAAAGAGACCGAGAUGAGACGCAGUUUUGGACAACUGGAUGCAUUGGGGAACGAUAUUGCAUCUUUGAAGACCAUCAUCUUGGGUAUUCGGGUUGACGUCGAGGACAAACUUAUGACGGAUCUCCAGUAUGCGUUCGACAAUACCGAUCCGGAGUCCUUUGUUAAUAAGCUCAGCAAAUCGGUAAAUCAGCAUUUGAAGGGACUGGAAGAACUCGAGGAACGGAUAUCACGAUGUAAAGAGGAGCUAGCACUACAAAAGGACGCACUUCAGAAAUUGGAAGCUACGUUACGAUUGAACGAGAAAUUACGAGAUACGCAACGUAAUAUGCGCCUUGUGGACAAAAUACGAGACAAUUUGGGCAUUUUGAUUGAUCUAACAGGCAUUUUACUAAUUGUCUGCAUGUUCAGUCUACUCAGGAAGUACCUUACGUUUGGCAAUUCCAAAUAA